AUGAACGAGCGAGGGAGAGAAAAAUCCGACAACAUCGAGGGCCCAUCCACGGCUCCAGGGCAAGCUCGGGCCCGCGUCCCCUUUUCCCAAGCCUCGCAGGUGGAGAGGCUCGACGCCCACACGUACCGCAUCCAUCUCCACGCCGACUACUGCAUAGGUGCAGUGCCCAACGGCGGCUACACGGCGUCGUGCAUGCUCGCCGCCGCCCGCGCCCACCUCGCCUCCCGCGGCCAGCCGGACACCUUGACGGCGCACUUUGAGUACCCCAGCCGGACGGCCGCCGGACCGGCCGUCGUCGUCGUCGAGCCCGUCAAGCUGGGCAGGCAGCUGUCGACGCUGCACCUCACCCUCUGGCAGGGCCGCCUGGCCGACCAUGCGCCGUGGUACACGCCCGGCGCGUCCCGCCGCGCCGUCCUGGCCUACGCCACCCACGCCAACCUGUCCGCCUGGCGAGGCCUGUCCCUCCCCGCCGGCUACCAGGCCCGCCCGGAGGCCGCGCUGCCCCGCCUCCCGGACUGGGAGGCCCUGGCCGCGUCCGGCUCCGAUCCCGCCUGGCGCGUGGCCCGGCUGCCCGACACCGCCGUCGCCCGGGGCUCCCCGUCCAGCUGGCGCAUGUGCCUCCCGCGCCGCGGGCCGCUCUCCCCGGGCGCCCUGGACCUGUGGAUAGCCACCGCGAGCGGGGACCCCAUCACCCAGGCCGCCCUGCCGUACGUGGUCGACUCGUUCCCCUACGAGCUGCUCGCGUUCCUGGUGGCGGCCGACGAUGGCGACGACGGCGACGACGACGACGACGACGACGACGACGACGACAAGGCGCCCCGGGCGGCGGGGGCGGCAUCGGCGCGCGCCAUCCUGGGCGGCGGACGCGACGACAUGUGGCUCCCGACCGUGGUGAUGAACCUGGAGACCAAGAAGCUGCUGCCGCGCGAGGGCGUCGCGUGGCUGUGCGUGCGGGUGACGAGCAAGCAGAUCAGGGACGGACGGUUGGACCUGAGCGUGGUUGUGCGCGACUUGCACGGCGACAUUGUGGCGCUGGCUGGCCAGGUUGCCAUGAUGUUGAGCAUGGAACGGAACACGGGCAAGACGGACAAGGCGGCUUUAUAA